AUGACUUCUGAAUCAAAGCUGCAGGCAAUCGAUGAAUAUAUCCCGGUCAACGGGAUUCAGUUUUAUACUAAGCAAACUGUACGUAGCCCCGGCGGCACCGUCGUACCGAAGGACACCAAGACUGUGGCCAAAAUAUUCUUUAUACAUGGAUUUGCGGAACAUGUCAACCGUUACACCGAACUGUUCGAGGUUCUGGCAAGCAAGGGAAUUGAAGUCUUCGCAUUUGACCAGCGCGGUGCUGGACGAACGGCCCCCGAUCGCAAAGACUGGGGUGUGACCGAAGAGAAGUUGGUAUAUGAAGAUAUUGAUGCGUUCAUAUCCUUAAAGAUGAAGCCCGACUUCAGUGCUAGCAUGGGAUCUCCUAUACCGUGGUACAUGAUGGGCUUUAGUAUGGGAGGGGGCAUAUGUUUGAAUUAUGCUAUCAAAGGAAACUAUCGUGAUCUGUUUACAGGAUAUGUGGCCAUGUCUCCUUGUGUCCUUGUUCAUCCACGAACGCGUCCAAAUCCGGUUGUGCACUUGAUACUUUUAGGUGUUAGCAAAGUUGUGCCUCGAUUACAAUUCGACACAGGUAUCGUCCAUGAAUAUCUCACUCACGACGAAGCGGAAGUUGAGGCGUUAUCUGAUAUGCUUGAUCGUGGGAAACAUCUCUUGGAUCAUAACUAUUAUUCGAAGAUAGCAGACAAGUCGGUGCUGAUUAUACACGGCGAUGCCGAUAAGGUCAAUUCCUUCGAUGCUUCGAAACUUUUUUUCGAGAGAUUACCGAUUAAAAACAAACAUUUCGUUGUAAUGGAAGGUGGCUAUCAUGAAUUGCAUCACGAGCGUCCCGAAGAUAGGCAGAAGUUCUUUAAAGAACUCAUUGACUGGUUCUAUAACGAUGCAUCAAGGAUUUCAACAGCAUCAUCCAAACUUUGA